GUAACUGAGACGUUCAUCGUGUAUUAUAAACCUUUAAACGUUAAAACCACAAAUUGGUAAGUAUUAUAAUGUACUGUAACUGUUAUAUUUAUGAGACAAUACAACGUAAGCUGUUAUAAGGUUUUUAUUAAAGCAUGAUCCCUGCACUAUAAUGCAAUAAAACCACACUUUACUUUCAUAGAAAGUUUUACUCAUAAUAUCUUAUUACUGUAAUUGUAUCCACCAAAGCAGACAUUACCAAUGCAGUUGUUGUACUGUGAUAUGUAACAACAAAAGCGAAACUGCUUUUCUUUCAAAUAUUAAAGAAAUGCAACCAAGCAGGUCGAUUUAUGAAUGCUUCUGGUAAAUCCUAAUGAAAGAUUGACUCAUGUCACGAAAAACAACAACCCAUUUAUAAGAAAACUGCUUAAAGCAGUCUACACAUUUUCAAGAUGAAGUCCUGUACCUCCUGUCUCUAUGUCUGUGCACUGGGGCUGAUCGUGGGCUUGGAUUUGUUGGUCCAUUGUGACAUUCCUAAUUCUCUGAGUGGAGCAUACCUGCGUGGAGAUGUUAAUUGUGCAAUUUUGUCAUCAAUUCACUCAAAAGUCAUUGAUCUACACAAGCGAACACGUCCAGAGCCAUUCAUCUGCACUGAUUUUAAUCCAAUCACGUUUGUACGAUCGUUGGCUGCCAUCCACACAAUUGAAGAAAUCAAUAAUUCUUCAUUUCUUCCGGGAAUCAAGUUUGGAUAUGUAGUCUGUGACCCGUGUUCAUCUCCCCCCAAAGCACUGCACUGUCUGGAACAUCUGUUGGCUAUAAACGGAUCUCUGCCGGUUCUCUCCGACUACUCAGAUUUCCGUCCGUCAGUGAAAGCACUUUUGGGAGAAGGAUACUCUGAAUUAUCUAUCGCUAUUGCCAAACUCCUCGGCCUCUACUUGUUUCCUCAGAUCAGCUGUACCUCUUCUUCACCAGUCCUCAGUGACAAACUGCGUUAUCCGUCUUUCAUGCGUGUCAUUCCGAGUGAUGUCCACCAAACUAAAGCACUGGUCAAGCUAAUGACCCAUUUUUCGUGGGACUGGGUCGGUGUGGUUUAUGGAGACGAUGACUACGGUAGAGCAGCUCACCAGAGUGUACUGGAAGAGGCCAAGGGAAAAUUAUGUUUCGCCUUCGAGAAAGAAGUAACGCAUUACUUGGACCACGUGGAUGUUGAUAAGCAAGUCAAAGAUGCUGUUGACACUAUACGAGCUUCAUCCGCACAGGUUGUGCUUCUUAUUCUAAAGCCACAGCUGGUGGAAAAGAUCUUUAAAUGGAUGAUUCAAACCAACACAAACAGAAUCUGGAUCGCAAGUGAUGUCUGGUCCAUGUUCGGUCCAUUAACAAAGAUGCCAGACAUAAAUAAAGUGGGUGAUAUUUUCGGCUUUUCCUUUACCAUGGGAAAUAUACCAGGGUUUGAAGAUUACUUGAAAAAUCUCAGGCCAACACCAGGGGCAAGAAAUGACUUCAUUGAGGAGUAUAAAGAGUUGCGACUGAACUGCUCCAUCUCACCUCUGAACUGCAGUGUAGAUGAAUUGCUGGGUGUGGUGGACCUGAGAGAGGUUUACAGUCAGAGAGUGGCGAUAUAUGCAGUAGCUCAUGGUCUCAAAAAAAUUCUUAAAUGUAACGAGACCGCCUGCAGUGGCGAAAUCAACUUUCCACCUUGGCAGCUGGUGGAAAGUAUUCGCAGUGUGAAUUUCACACUUGAUGGCACUACACAUUACUUUGAUGACAACGGGGACUUUACGGAUGGUUAUGACCUCAUACGGUGGAAGAAAACUGAUGUUGAUCGAAAUAUUGAAGUUGUUGGAAAAUUUCUCUUAGAAAAAGGACAAGUGGAGCUACUGAAUGAAUUCCAGGAGUUAACCUCUUCAGUCCAGGUCCAGUUUAAAUGCUUAGAGUCCUGCGGGCCGGGCAGCAGUAAGAGCGUGACAAACAAUUCCUGCUGCAUCAGCUGCAUUGUUUGUACUGAAGGAACUUACACUAAUAAAUACGAUGAAAGCAGCUGUCAUAAAUGUCCAGAGGAACAGCACUCACUAGAGAAUGCAACUGAAUGCAAGCCAUUUGAUGAGAUGUAUCUCUUCUGGUCUGAAGCGUAUCCCAUCAUUCUGUUAGUGGCAACAGCAAUAGGCAUCAUUCUGGUGUUUACUUCAUUUAUCAUUUAUCUCACACACAGAGACAAACCAGUAUUCCAAAGGGCCGAACUCAAACUGUUUUGUUUUAUGCUGCUGGGCCUGAUGGUUAGCUUCAUUGAUGUAAUCAUGUUUAUUGGCAAGCCAAACAAACCUCUGUGUCAGGCGCAGCAGGCCGUUUACGGCCUCGGUUUCACUUUGUGUGUUUCAAGCAUCCUUGUUAAAGCCUAUUACACCUUCGUGACAUAUAUGCCUAUGAAUCUGAGCACACAGAAUCAUCUUAAAACACUCCACAAGCCACUUAUAAAUGUAUUCAUGCUUACCGUGGGUCAGGGAGUCAUCCUGUUGUUCUGGCUGAUUUUUGACUCUCCUGAUGUAAAGAGGGAGUGGCCUGAAACAGGAAUGGUAAAGUAUGUCAUCUGUAACGAGGGAUCUAUUGCAGGUUUCGCAGUCAUGCAUGGUUAUAUUGCUCUGUUGGCCCUCAUUUGUUUCCUUCUUGCCUUCAUGGUCAGAAAAGUCCCACAGGAUUUUAAUGACACAGGGCCCAUCAUCUUUAGCAUGUUGAUUCAUCUGUUUGCCUGGCUUUGCUUUAUUCCCAUUUACAUUAAUAAGAACCAAACAGAACAGAAACACAUUGUUCAGGCUUCGGCCGUUCUGGCCUCCAGCUAUGGCAUAAUACUCUGCUAUUUUGUCCCUAAGUGCUACGCAGUCCUGUGGGAUUUCUACUCAAAUUCUUCCAUUAAGACGUCGAGUGGGUAUGCUGGACACCACACAGAUCGGGCAGACACUGAGUUACGUGAUCAAGGCCCGAUCACUCCGAACUCAGGUAUAAUCACUCAUGAUGUGGGAGAGGAUUCAGCAGAAUCUGUGCAGACAGUUAGCACAGCUUCAAGUGAUGAUACCACCAGCGCUGUACAUACUGUGGGAUUAUCAGAGGAGGAUAGAGACAGCACUAUAAACUCAACAUAGAACAGACAAAGACCCACAAACACAUAAAUCAUCUGAAAUGGAUUGUUUUGCUUUUUGUACCAAUUGAUCGAUUAACCUUUUAUCUAUAAAAUGCAGUGAAUGUUUUUAUUAUAUAAAGUUAAUUUUGACUUAUUGUAAACCAUGUGUGUGUAAUAAUGUGCAUGACCAUUGUAAUAUUAGGCUGAGGCUUUUUGUCAAAAGAGUCUUAUCUUAGUAACCAUUAGGUUUUCAGUCGAAAGUUUGAUUACGACCAGGGUUCUAAAUUCUAAAUUUGUUAUUUAAAACUUACCGGCCAGUUUGGCCGGUGAUGCAUGAGGCAUUGCAUGAAUGAUACAUAAAGCUCUGUUCUCGGACAUUUAUCCCUCUGGCAGUACUUCCUACAUUUCCCAUCAACACUGUGCCGUAAUGCUACGUGAUAAUGUUUCAUACACCCAUUGGCUGCGCGCAGUUUGAGUGAAACCAGCGCGAGAAACCAUGGAAAUGAGUGGAGCGCUUCCAACAAAACACAAGGAAUGCGGAACGUGCCCCAGCGUA